CUCAGCCAUUCAACAUGGCGGAAAGGUUGAGCUUGCAGCUUGCAUUCGCGUUAAUCGCGCUGAUUGCUGCUAUAUUCUACAGCGGCAAAGCGCAGUUUGUUUUAAACAAGAUUAAUCAGAUUAUCCAUGGGAAAAGAGGUUGCUCUCCGAUCGUCAGUAUUGGACAAGUCACGCUUCAUUACUUUGGAUUUCGAGGAAGGGCUGAGGGGAUUCGACUUAUGCUUGAAGACUUCGAGAUUCCUUACGCGGAAACAAACUAUUCUGCCAACGAUUGGCCUCGAAUAAAAGAGAAAGGAAUAGAAACGGGAAUGUUUACUUUUGGCCAAGGUAUGCAAGGAAGGCAAUCCAAAAUUCGAUUAUAAACAGGCUAAAAACAUCGUACACUAGUACUUACAUGUAAUAUGCGAAGCAAAUUUUCAAAGCGUAUUUUUUCUUUUGUUUUCUUACAAAAUUUCCAUUCAAGUCUUCAAGUUUUCAGUUUAAAUCAUUCGUUUUUUCAAAUAUAUAUUUUUUUUAUUUAGUUAUUUUUUUAUGUCUUGACGUUCAUCUUUUUCUCGAGUUCUAAUGCAGUAUUUUCGAAAUUGAUUUGCAAAUCGAUGGUUUGUAGUGAGCUCAAAGAAAGCCUCAAUACAAGCCAAUCAUUCAGUGCCAUGACAUUAAACAGAUGGAUUUAACUCAUCAAAUAUUAAUACUGGUUAAUAUGUUUGUACAGGGAAACCAAGCACAACUUUUUUUCUUUUUUUUUUUAAAUGAGAGUUGCCAUGAGAAAUUAUUAAAGAUGAAUACUUAAUGUAUUCAUUAAUUUUUAAAUGAGUCUUUUAAAAGUAUCCUAAUCUUAUGCUAAGGAUGAGUCUUAGGUAGACAAAGGGGAGCUAAGUGUCUCGAGCUAAAUUAGAUGAAAGAGUGGCGUAAUGACCAGUUACUAAAAAUAUAUUUAUUAUGCCUUAUCCCUUUACUCCUGACCCGGCAUUGUCCAUCAUGUUCUAACCACAGUGAAGAUUACAUCAAACAUAGACUAAUUUAGUUAGACUGACUUCACUCUGCCAGUGCAAAGAUUUAAGUGAUGACCAUAAUUUAGUCAUUAUGUAACCUUUCCUACUUGCAUCUCUGAAAUUAAUGAUAAAGAUAAAAAUUUAUAAUAAUAAAAAUAAAAGCAAAAAAGAUUUUUUCUAAAUAUCAGCUUUUUUGUGUGUCAUUAUUAUUAUUCCUGUCGUUUUAAUGACUGGAAUAAAGGUUGAAAUUCAUCACUAUGAUUCACCUGUGUCAUAUUUUUGUAUUUUAUUUACUACUUACAGUUGUGUUUAUUAAUUAUUAUCAUGAUUUUUGUUUUUCAGUUCCAGCCAUUACAACUUCUACUGGAUUACAGCUUGUUCAAAGCAAAGGUUUCUUAAUCAAAUUCAUAAUAAUCAUUCAUUAAACUUUUUAAUGAUGUCUACAGAUCAGUGCAGAUCCAGACCUUCAAAUAAGGGAAGGAGGGGUUGGGAGGGGGGGGGAGGGGUGGGUCAUCCAGACCCUGAGAUAAGAGGGGGGCCUGGUCUCCAAAAAAACGUUUUGUGGCCCUUCAGGCCUCAGUUUGGAAUAAAAAUCAGUAGGGGGGGGGACCUCCUGGGCCCCUCCCCUGGAUUCGCCGCUGCAGAUGGUCUAUCCCACGGAUGUACGUGACAUUAUUUUGCCAUAUAAUUUACAGUGUUUGACACUAAGGCUAGUCCACUAGCCUGGGGCUAGUGAAACUUUAGGCUGGGCUAGUAAAAGUAUGCUUCUACUAGCCCCUAGACCAGUUGAAUAGUUUAGUCAGGGCUUCUGAUGUUUCGUGUUUCAUCUGGUGAUUUUCAGAAACAAAAAUUGGCUGUUUCGGGAAAAAGUUUGAUAUUUCUUCUCAAAAAGUCAAAAAUCAUUUUUUUUAAGGAGAAAUUAAUUUUCGAAGGAUUUUCAGGGGCAUGCAAAAAAAUAAGCCCAGUUCACGUUUUUCAUCCGAAACAAUCAGUUAAAAACAAAACAAAUCAUUAAACAUUAAUUUCCUUUUUAACAGGGAUAUUUUCUUAUUGAAUUAUUAAUGAGUUUGAGAAUAUAAUUUACAGUGUUUGACAUCUAAAACCUCCUGGUAGUUUUGUCCACUAGCCAAGCUGGGGUGAAUAAAAACCGUAAAAGAUAAGCUUUAUGUUUUGGCUUGUAUUUGGAAAUAUGCUUUGGCUUCUUUAUUUAGCCCCUAGACCAGUUUAAUAGUUUAGUUGACAAAAUUGCUUUUCUAUAACUCAAUAAUGCUUUAUCUAUUCAGUAGUUUGUUAUAAGUAUUUAAUGUAAACAAAGGGCUUGCUAUCUAUAUCAUAGCCAGCUGAGCUGGAGUUGUAGCCUCUCCCUUGAAAUCAUUUUUUGACUCGUCCCAAUUCUCUGGUAGUAUUAACGUCCAAGAUGGUGGGAUAGCAUUAUUCCCCCCCAAAAAAAUCAUUGAUGGUGCUGCAAAAUAUGCCUGCUUUGAAGGCUAUCCAUAUCGUGGAAGUAUUGUACAACUGACUCGCAAAAAGGGAGCCAUGUAGGAAGUGGAAUAGAGAAGACUGGUUCCUAACCCCCUGAUAUUUUUUUCCGGGCUUUGUUUUGGACCAGCGGCUUGCCUUCAUGGGCUAGUCAUGUAUUUCACUUAGUAGCCCAUUGCCUAGUUUCCAAAAAAGUCAGUGCAUGCCGAGGACUGUUUUGUGGCCAUUAUUUUUUCACAGUGCAAAAUGUCAUGUCUCUCAUAGUGGAAAACUGGUUAGGUCCAGUUUGAGGAAAAAGCAAAGGAUGGAAUCUUGCAUAUUUGGACAUAAUCUAUUUUCUUGCAAAUGUGUAUAACCAAAGAGAAAAAAGAAAAUAUUACUGACUAAAGAACAACAGAAUGUCUUCAAGAACCCAAUAAAAAAUCUUAAACACUACCAAAUUUGUUUCUUUCUUUGUUUUGUUUUCUUCUGUCUUUUAUUUCGUUUUGUUUCCUUUUCCUUUUUGUUUUUGUUUUGUAAAUUUGUUUUGAGUUGUUUGUUUUUGUUUCUUCAGUCAUAAUGCAUCAUAUUGGUCGGUCUGUGGGACUAGACUGCGACUGUUCAGAUAUUCAUACCUGUGAAAUGCUGGUUUUUGGUGCAGGUAAAACAACGUAGUUUAAAAAUGGUCAUUAUGCUUUAAGGCAAAUUAGAGAGAACAUACAUGUACAGUGUAUUAAAAUAAUAUCACCUUUACGUGUACAAUAUCAUUGUUCUUGUCUCAAGAAAGUGCAACAGAAUAGGUUUCCCCUAAACUCAACCUGCAAACUUCUGAGUGCAAAGUCAUAUUUAAUAAUUUGAAACAGUGAAAAACUUAAGGAAAAGAGAAACUUUCAGAGAGUCCAGCAUCAGAAAUACAAAACACAUAUAUUUGUAGAAUAAAGUUAUGUGCUUCAUCAAACUUAACAGUCAUGAAUGUUCAUUUGAAAAAAAAAAGAAAAACAAAUACCUCUGAUCCUUUGUUGUGGGGAUCUUGUUUGUCUUGUUCUUCCUCCCAAGCUGAAGUUAUGGUGUGCAUUAUUUAUUUUAUUAUUUAUUUACUUUUUUUCACAGAGGACUUAAGAGGAAAGCUUGGCCCAGUUCUUUACAGUACAAACUUCUCUGUAAAGAAGAGAGAUGAGCACCUUCAGUCUACAGUCUUCACCUGGCUGUCAUACUUUGAGAAGCUUGCUCCUGUUAAUUCUACCGAUGAGGGCAUUGACGGCUUGUACUUCGCAAGUGAACGGCUUACCUGGGUUGACUAUGUUCUAUUUGAUCUGUUAGACACCUAUGUUGAAUUCGGAAAAUUAGCCUUUGAUGGCCAAGUAGAAGUGAUAGAUGUAUUGGCUAAUUUCCCAAGGCUUAAAGCGUUUUAUGAGAAUUUUGCAAGCCGGCCAAGGAUUGCUAAGUACUUAAGAGCAGAAAGAAGAGUUCCGUUUAGACUGUAAGAUCAGAAGAGUGGUUUAUCCGUUGAGAAGUGAUCUCCUUCACUUUUGUCCUUGCCUCAGUUAUUCAAAGGGUAGAUAAAGCUACCCACUGCAUGGAUAAAUCUGUAUCCAAUGGGUAAUGCAAUACUUGUCCGCUGGAUAGUGAUUUAUCCGGUGGAUAACGCUAUCCAGCAUUUGAAGAACUCACUGGGGCCAGGUUCCCCCUGUAAAUUCAUCAAGUGUAAAUAGUUUUAGCAUGAUUUAAUUUACAAACCACAACUACGAUAAGAUGGUGUCAUUCUUCCCUGUUAGGGAUUUUAAGAUCCAAGGACGCGAUGGCAGCGAAAACGUCGUUUAAAAAGUGAUUUAAUAUUUUGCAUUCUUUUAGUCUUGGUGACGAUAAUUCCUACCUGCUUACUUUGUCAAACGUAAGCGAACCCUCCUGAAGUUAAGAAAGAGAAAUAAAAUUUUGUCGUCGCUUGUUUACGUCUUCCAUAAAAGUUGAAAUUAGGCAGUUUCACAUCGUAGUCGUACGAAAAUGGCAAAGGAAUGUACAAAAAAAAGUGUGCUACACGUGCAAAGCUGUUGUUUUGCCUACUAAACCUAUUGUUCUUGUUUGUUUGUUUGUUUGCUUGUUUGUUUGUUUGUUUUUUGACAUUCUUGUUGCCCUUGCGUCGUCGGAUCUUCAAGUCCUUAUCUAUCUGAGACGCGACGGGGAGAGGGAUGCAUCUUUUUUCUACUUACUCGUCUUCCAACUUUUCUGCAUGCUUCCCUAAGGCAAAAAAAGAACGCCUGACCGCAGGUUUAUCAAACAGGUGACAUGUCUUCAUUCCAUGUCUAGACUCUGGGAAGUACAGUGGGUUUGGACAAAAGAUGUCAAAGGAACGGUUAUGUUUGAAGAAAAUUUAAAAACUUAUUUAAUGGACCUGAGAAGCAGUCUCAAUAGACUCAAAGAGUCAGGAUAAGAUUAAAAAUAUAUAUCACUAUCAUAAAAAAAAAAUUAAAUCUGAGUACAUUUUUGAGGAUGUAACCAUAGCAACUUUUUCGCAAUCAUAAAUAAUUUAUUACCCACGUUCACUACUGAGAGAUCACCAUUCACUGUCUUAAAAAUUUUUAAAGUCUAGUCAUUGUCACUAGCUAAAGGACAUCUAUCUUUUUAGGCUUUUUAAAGAUUACAUUUUGCAUUAGUGUGAAGCGAUA